AUGACGCUCUGGAAGUCUCCGCAUCCUGACAUUGAGAUUCCGAUCAAUGUGACAACUUGGGAAUGGCUGUUCGAAUCUGAGGAAUAUGUUCCCUUUCGAAAUGCUUCCAAGGCCGCCAUUGGUGCAUACAACAAUGCGGUGACCAAGGAACGUCUGGACUUUGUUCAAGUCAAGGCAAAAGCCACCACUCUGAGCACGGUUCUCGUGGAGCACUACGGCCUUCGAGCUGGGCAGACUGUCUCGAUCUUCAGUACCAAUACUGUGUGGAUAAAUGGCGCUUCACCUGCCUAUGAUGUGGAAGAAAUGACACAUGCCCUGAGGACGGCCGAUACUAAGAUCCUCGUGACAUUGCCUGGGUCUAUCGAGGCAGCUGUCGCCGCGGCCAAGGAGGCCGGCAUUCCCAAGCCACACAUCCUGCUGCUUGAAGGCAAAGCACCGGGAUUCAAGAGCAUACAAGACCUGAUCGAACAAGGCCGCUCCUUGCCACCCACAGGUGUAUACCAUGUACCACAUGGCAAGACGAACAAAGAAAUCUGCGGCUAUCUCAACUUCAGCUCCGGGACAACGGGCUACCCCAAGGCCGUCAUGCUGUCCCACCACAACAUCAUCGCGCAGUGCCUCCAGCUGAGACAGCUCCAGCUCCUCCCCGCGGACGGGCAGUACCGGACCAUCGCGGUGAUGCCGCUCUUCCACAUCACCGGCCUGGUGCGCUUCAUCACGUACCCGGUCUUCAUGAACGGCGAGUGCUUCAUGCUCCCGCAGUUCAGGAUGGAGACCAUGCUCGAGACCAUCAUCGCCCACCGCAUAGAGGAGCUGAUCUUCGUGCCGCCCAUCCUGAUCCGCAUUGUGCGCGACCCCGCGGUUGAAGCUUACCUGCCACAGCUGCGCGCCGUCGUCAGGAGGUUCUCGUCCGGGUCGGCGCCAAUGAGCCCCGAGAUCCUGCGCCUGCUCGAGGCCAGGUUCCCCGGGACCGGGUUCCGGCAGGGUUACGGGGCCACCGAGUCCACGGCGUGCGUCUCGUCGCACCCGCCCUCGCACUUCGCGUACCGGUACGCGCACACGGGCGGGAAGCUCGUCGCCAACACCGUGGCCAAGGUGGUCGACCUGUCUGAUGCGUCGAGGCUGCUUGGCCCGGGCCAGACGGGCGAGAUCUGCGCGCGGGGCCCGCAGAUUGCCAUGGGGUACCUUGGGAACCCGGAGGCCACGGCGGAGUCGUUUGAUGAGGAAGGAUAUCUGCAUACGGGCGAUGUUGGGCACAUAGACGCGGAAGGCUUGUUGCAUAUCGAAGAUCGUAUAAAGGAGAUGAUUAAAGUCAAGGGGAUACAGGUGGCCCCGGCGGAGUUAGAAGACGUCUUGAUGGGGCAUGAGCUGGUUGAGGACUGCGCAGUCUUGGGCAUUCGGGACGAGUACGCCGGUGAGAGGCCGAAGGCAUAUGUCGUAGUCAAGAAGCGGGUGGGUCCGAGUGAGGAGAUGGGCAGGGCCUUGUUGAGGUAUGUGAGAGAGCGGAAGGUCCGGUACAAGUGGCUGGCUGAGGUUGAGUUCGCCGAGAGCAUCCCCAAAGGGCCCACGGGGAAGCUGUUAAGAAGGUUGCUCAAAGCAAGCGACCAGAAGACUGGCAGGACGAAAGGAUUAUGUGUGAGAGACGACACUGACAGAGCGAAACUGUAG